AUGGCCGCGCUAAUGUCGAAGCUGGCGGCCCACGAGGCCGAUGAGCUGUGUCGGGUCGGCGAUGAAGCGGCGCUGUUACACGACCGUGUCAGGUGGCUGCAGGCAGUCAUCCGCGACACUGACCGGAGCGGCGCCGAUCGGGGCAACCGCGCCGGUCGGCACGAAGGCCAAUCUCGCAUUUGGGCCCGUCGGAGGCGUGACACCGCCUUUGAUGCCGAGGACGCGCUUGACGACGUGAUGUUCCACCACCAGGUGGCCUUAAAAAGUCAAGGUUGUCGAAACUCAAGAACACAAGUAAGAUACUUCAUUGGCUUCUUCGGCCGGAUCAUCGUUCGCCGUAGGUUGUCCGGUCAAAUCAGAAGGAUCAUGAGUACACUACAGAACACUAGGGAAGAGCAAAUGGACUUCAUGGUUGAGCGUACACCAUCGGUGACACUGGCAUCUUCCACCACAGCCAUUGCAGCGUGGCGGGAUGACCUGGAGAACGCCAUGGGGUUUGACAAGGAUGAAGAGAUUCUUAAGCGGAUGUUGGUCCAUAAAGAUGAGGAUAGUCUCCACCUAAUGUUCAUCUCAAUAGUUGGGGAGAGUGGUGCUGGAAAGAACACACUCAUAAAAAAAAUUGUCUGUGAUGACAUAUGUUCAAAUAUGGAUUCUUUAAUAAGGUAUGAAAUGAAGCCUGGCUCCAGCAUAGGAGAUCUUCUAACAAAUGUGUACCAAAUUGCAUUGGGGCAGUUGGCAGAUCGUUGUCAUGAAGAUGAAGGAGAAGGAGAAGAUAAGCUUCGUCGCCUCCUUGCUGGGAAGAGGUACAUGUUGAUUUUGGGUGGGAUAUCCUCCAAAACCACCCUAAACUAUCUGAGGGCGAGCCUGCCAGAUGACAAUAAUAAUGGUAGUCGUGUGGUGCUAAUAUUGGACACCGAAAAUGAAGAAGUCGCUUGGCAUGCAAACACCAUGAACAAAGGUGGUAAUAACGGAGUACACAUGAUGACCUGUUUGGAUAAGACUAGAAGUUGGCAGAUAUUCUCUUGGAAAGUUUUUAGGAAAGGAGAACAUGACUCAUCAUCGUCGAUCAAUGAAAAUGGAAGCAAUCAGAAGGAGGAGGAGGAUCAAGAUAAUUAUGAGAUUUCCCAUGAAAUGGAAAGAAAGGAGGAGGAGAACAAAGAGGAUGGCCGAGAUAAUUAUGAGUCAUCCCACAAAAAGGAAAGGAAUAAGGAGGAGGAUGAUCGAGAUAAUUACAGAGCCAUCUGCCGACAUGAGCAAGUGUUGGUGCAAGAGGAGGACGAGGAGAAGUUCAGAGAUGAAAAUUGCAAAAGAAUUGUGCAUGAUGUAACUGGAGGAUAUCCCAUGGCAAUAGUGCUUCUAGCCGGACUUCUCCGAUUCAAGGAGAGGCCAGUCCAGUGGGAUGCAGUACUGCAACAACUCAAUACUUCAAGGUGCAACUACCAACAGCAACAACUGUGCACAAGAAGGGCAAUGGAAACCAUCUUCUGGGCAAGCUUUGAGGACCUCCCUGAAGACCUCAAGUCGUGCUACCUCUACCUCGCUGCCUGCCCCGAGUAUACAUGCCAAGAUGCCAAUGAGAUCAUUCGGAUGUGGAUAGCAGAAGGCUUCAUCAACAACAAGCAGUUGCACCAUGACAAGACUCUUGAGGAUGUGGGACAUGACUACCUCAAAGAACUCAUCUUGAGAUGCCUUGUUGAGCUAGAGGAGAAAAAACCCGAUGGUGGCAUCAUGCAUGUGAGAGUUCACAUAAGCCUCCUAGGGCUCCUGCGGUUAGAGGUCAGAGAGGUCGGCUUCAUGGAGAUCAUCCACAACAUCAUAGAUGAUGUUCUUGUGCCGCCAUUGGUGCGCCGCAUAUUUAUUCAGACUGACAACAACGCAAUGUACACCACCCACCAGAAGUUCCUGAAGAUGCGUUCCUUCAUAUGUCAUGUCGAUGAGAAGAAGCACAAAGAAGCGGAGGUCCAACGGAGGUGGGCAAAAGACAAGUCUAUGCAUGAAGGUAUCAAGUUUCUGCGUUGGUCUAAGUUCCUUCGCGUAGUUUCUGUGAAGGGGUUGAGGCUCAACGAGGUGCCAGAUGAGCUUGGUGACAUGAUCCACUUGCGGUAUCUAUGCAUCGACUGCCCCGACCUAUGCUACCUCCCGUAUGGCAUAGCUAGGCUUCCCAAUUUGCAGACGCUUGAUGUAAGCAACACCCAGGUUGAGGAGAUUCAUCGGGAUUUCUGGAAGAUCAAGACGUUGCGCCAUGUGCUUGCUAAGAGCCUCACACUUCCAACAACAAUGACAAUGCCGGCAGGUGGGGAAGAAGAUGAUGAGGAAGGUGGCGAGCUACAGACACUCCAUGGCGUAAAGCCCGCCGCCCAAGGAUCGGAAGGGGAGUGGAGCAUAAGGAGUUGUCCAUUGGACAAGAUGGCAAACCUACGGUCGCUGGAGAUGCAUAGUUUCCAGUAUGCGACACAAGGAGGGCCUGCCCUCGGGGCUGCUCUGCAGAAGAUGCAUCUACUUGAGCACCUGAACCUGCAAGGUGAUGAGAUCCCCUCAUGCGUCUUCACCGAGCCAGGCCUUCGACGUCUCCAGACCAUGGUGCUGAAUGGAACUGUCAAGUGGGACGACAUCGCCUACCCGACGACAGAUCCUCUUCUUCUUCGCAACGUCCGUCCGAACCUCAUCCAGCUUAAACUCAAUCAUGCCAGCAAGGUGCCACAGACCAUCAGAGACCAGCUGGGCAAGAUAUUAGUCCAAGAAGAGAACUGA